AUGUCAUUGGAAACACUCUUACAACCAUCUGUCAAACAGCUCGUCGCCGCAUCCCUGCGAAUUGAGUGCUCGUGGCUCCUCCCGCGACCGCGGAUCCCCACCAGGCUCGUCUCGCCCUCCGCCCCCAUACGAUCCGAGCUCUCCCUGUGCUCCCUCGAGUUCGUGCGUGACCGGUAUCUGCUGGCGGUGUACGAGCGGGGCAAGGUCGAUCUAUGGUACAUGGACACGGGCAUGGACAAGGAUGGGCAGCGGAGGGAUAUGAGGCUGUAUGCAUGGGGCUUACGGGCCAUCAACGUUGAGUCAGGAAUCACUCUCUUCUCGCACGUGUCGUCCAUGGACGUAGUCAACUGGCGGACCAACACCUCUGUUCCUAUUACCGCCUACGCAGACGACGAUCUUGAGGAGCUCUGGAACGGAAAAACUGCCAUGACCUUCUGUGGACCCUGCUUCCACACUCGCUCCAUCGAGCUCUACCCCACCCCCUCCCUCCCUGGCACUGCAUCCUCACCCCACACCGCACACUACCCCCACAUCCCUGUCCUCAUCCAUCGCUUCUCCCACAUCACCUUCCGCCGCGUCUCCGUUUCCCAUCCCCGUCCCUCCUUUUUAUCUCCACCAACAGGCUACGCCCUCUCCUUCGUCGGCUACGACGUCUUCCACGGCCUCUUCCAGUACCUCCUCACCCUCACCCUCGCCCCCGUCCCCUCCCUCACAUUCGCCCUCGCAGCGCUGCACCCGGUCGGCAUCGCGCGCGACAUGGUGCACGCGUACGCGAGCGUGUUCGGCGCGGGGCGGGGAAGCCCGCGUUCGUUGGGGCGGAGGGGCGUGUGGGUCGAGCGCAUGCGGGAGAGCCUGACGACGAGCUUGUAUGCAUUUUCGUGGGACCGCACGCGAAAGAAUGUACGGCCGCGGUUGAAGGAAAGCGUUGUUGUGGGUGAGGGACCUGAGGAUGGUGGUGGGCCGGUGGACGAUUCGGACGCGGUGGAUGGGAUUGUGGUGGAGGCGGAGGAGGCGGAGUCGAGCGACGGGGAGGAGGAGGUUGGGUUUGUGAGGGUGCAGACGGGUGUGCCGCUUAUGGAUAGCAAAAUUGUGUUGGAGGUGCCGUCUAUCGAUCUUCGAGAGGACAUCACGCUAUGCGCAUUAUCAGAGGCGACAGGCCGAAUAGCGCUCGGGCUCCGCUCUGGAUCUAUCAAGAUCGUGUAG